GGUAUCAUGGCGCAUAGAAUUUCAUACUCUCUGCCAUGGACCAAAGUGUCACAUUACGUCAAAGAGUGUAAUAAGUAUCGCAGACAGCUGCGAAAUUGAUAGGAUUUGUUUUGCUUUUUGAACAAAUCCUACAUCAAAUUCGCAACUAAUCUGCUGUAAAUAUACAUGAAGCUAAAAAAAAUUCAAAACAGUAAUGAUAUUUGAAAGAUUAGAGAAGCCACAAGGAUGCCGUCCAGGUAUCGUAGUUGGGCGACUGACAGGCUUAACGACCAGUACAGAUUCUUAUGUACUAGAUGUAUUCCAAAUUUUAAGCACAGUGGUUGUGGUGUGUUUCUGACCGACAGUUUCAGUCGAGUAGUGGGCAAUACGAGCCACGUGGAGCCCAACUAUGUUGUACAUUUCGUAGAAAAUUUGUACGAUUCUUGUGCUGGAUACAAUUUGAGGUACUGCCCAUUAAGAGGAUUCGUCACACACAGCAAGGACAACUACUUCAGUCGCACGGUGAAAGACAUUGCUACCCUUCUAUGCUUCCUGUUUGCAAACUUUGUCGUGUUCCUCGCUAUUGUGGCCAAAACUAUGGUACAUAUGUAUUUCGCAGUGUGCAUGACUGUUGACUGGAUUACAAAAUUCAAAUGUUUUAUUCCAGGACAAUCUUACCAAGACUGUCCACGGAAGAGUUAUUCCCAGUAUCAAUGCCCAAACCUAAAAGACUACGCCGCAAUUGCUAUCCAGCACGGAGAACCAAGGUACCAAUACCUUGGCUCUCCCUCCUCACAAAGCCAGUAAAUAAGUAUGGCAAUUGUAUGUGAAAAAUAAUGAUAACGUAACUAAUAAAAUAUUAAACCUU